GCAACGAUAAUGAAGAAUUUCAAUUGGGUAUUUGUUUAUUGAGCUUAGAUUUGUCACUAAUAUUAAAAUUAUUCGAAAAUGCAAUUUCAAGUAAUGAGUAUGAUAGAGAGGUUCAAUCAGAAAAAUCUAAAGGAAAACUACAAGAACAUGAAGCUAGUCAAAUUUCAGCAAAACUUGAUAGAAUAAAUAAUAUUUUAGAAAUAUGCAAUUGGCUAGUAAAACAUCUAUCUAUAUUGCAGUUAGCCAACCAAAUAUAUAUAGCAUCCUCAUUAUCAAUAGAAAAUAUUAGAACUUUUAAUAAAUCGUCAAUGCUUUCAUCUGCAAUUUCGUCAAAAAUAAAUAAUAAUAGAAAUAGUGCAUAUAUAUGGGAUAAAGAAAUAAAAUGUCUCUUUCUUAGAGCAAGAUUUCCCUCAACAACAUGUAUCGAUGAAUUUGUUAAGAAAAUAUUUGGACUUAAUCAAUCAGUAUUGG